UUUAUCUCAAUAUUUCAAGAACAUCUUGUUUCGUAAUAAGAGGAAACAUUUUAUUUUUAUCAAUAUUUCUAUUUAUUGCCUUCGUGUUACCAUGUUAAAAUUUUUGUCUUAUUUUUUGGUCCAACUAGUUUUGAUUUCUUGCCGAACAAUUUUUCCUGCAAUUGAAAGAAAUGAAAAUGAUUUUUGUAUAACUCGCAAUGGAGUCCAAGGGAAAUGUACUCUCAUUACAUCGUGUCCAACAUUGCGGAUUUCCCUUCACCUACGACGAAAUCAUCCGACCAUUUGUUCAUGGGAUCGUCUUUUUCCAAUCAUUUGCUGUCCAUUAGUCUCAUCCAGAGGUGAUAGAGAAUCUACUGAGUUAACUACAUCAAAACCAUUGAAUAAUCAAUUGAAGGAAAAGGCCAAAUGUGGUAUUAAACCUCCGAAAAAAUUUCAAGUUCACAUUUAUGUAGUUGGUGGAGACGAAGUCAAAUCAUCUACCGAUUGGCCCUGGAUGGCAGCUUUAUUUACCAAACAGAAUAACCAAUAUGAUCAUUUCUGUGGUGGGACCAUUAUUUCCGAUUCAUGUAUUUUAACUGCUGCUCAUUGUGUCAAUCAUCUUUUAAAUCAAGUUAAUAAACUCUACGUUGGAGUGGGGUCGAAUGAAUUGGAUAAAACGACAAAAAUUCCGAUACGAAGAGUCGUUGUUCAUCCAAACUACAGAGAUUCUAAAAGUUAUUUUGAUAUUGCGUUGUUGAUGACAUCUACCAAAAUUAAUUUCACAGAUUCAAUCAUCCCAAUUUGUUUACCUGGGCCUAAGGUAAGCAGUUUUACGGAGGAUUCAACGCAAGAUGAUUCAAACCUCACAUUAGUUGAAGUUGCUGGCUGGGGACGACAAGCUUAUGGUGGACGAGCUGUCAGUAAAUUGAGAUCAGCUCGAUUAGAAAUAUUGUCUCAUCAAAAAUGUAAUCAAUCUUAUUCCAGUUUAAACACGCCAUCCAUUCCACAAGGAAUCAAAACUGAUCAACUCUGUGCUGGGACCACUAAUGCGGAAAAGGAUUCUUGCCAAGGUGAUUCGGGUGGUCCAUUAACUUUUAAAGCAAAUGAGGAAAUUGGUGUUGAUGUUCAUUAUCAAAUAGGCAUAAUUUCAUUCGGUCGCCGGUGUGCAGUUAAGGAUUUUCCUGGUAUUUAUACUAAAGUAAGCGAUUACGUUCCUUGGAUUGAGACACAAUUGAACCAACGAACUGGAAGAGUUAACUUUGGAUGAAACUGAAAUUUUUGUAAAUGGUAUUUAAAUGAGAAACAAUUUUGAUUUUUUUGGUUUCAUUUAUCAAUUCUUUAUAAAAGACAACAAUUUAAUAAAUCUAAAUCAAACAACUAAU